GUCCUCUAUGGGGCCGGGGGGGCAGCGCCCCAUUGCUGCGCCCCACCAGCAGCCCCUCUGUGCCCCACAGAUGGCGGCCGCACGCCUCAAGUUUGACUUCCGUGCUGAGUCCCCCAGGGAGCUGUCGCUGAGCAGGGGCGACGUGGUGCUGCUGCACGGCGCUGUUGACGCCAACUGGCUGCGCGGGGAGCAUGGCGGCCGUGUGGGCAUCUUCCCACGGACAUACGUGGAGGUGCUGCCCCACGGCGAAGCGCCGCAACCUGGGACCCCAGCAGCAGCACAGGGCUGUGCGACAGCCGUGUUCAGCUUCCAUGGGGAGCUGCCUGUAGAGCUCAGCUUCCGCAGGGUGAGCGUGGCGGGGCGUGUUAUGGCGUGUUAUGGCGUGUUAUGGCAUGUUAUGGUGUGUUAUGGCAUGUUACUGCGUGUUACAGGAUGUUACGGCAUGUUAUGGCAUGUUACAGCAUGUAAUGGAGUGUUAUGGCGUGUUAUGGUGUGUUACGGCGUGUUAUGGCGUGUUAUAUCAUGCCAUAUCGUUCCAUAUCGUGCCAUAUUGUGCCAUAUCGUGCCAUAUCGUGCCAUAUCGUGCCAUAUCAU